AUGUUUGCUUUAGGGUGGGUGAGGGAGUGGAGGCGGCAGUUGAGGGCAUGGGAGGAGGAGAUGUUGGGGGAGUGUCAGUCUUUACUUCUUAACAUUUUCUUGCAGGCUCAUUCUACUGAUAGGUGGCAGUGGCGCCCUGAUCCUGCCACGGGUUACUCUGUUAGAGGCGCAUAUCAGCUUCUUACUUCUCAUGUUUCGGUUACUAUGGAUGAUGCGGAUAACCUCAUUUGGCAUCCUCAGGUUCCUCUGAAGCUCAUUCUUGCGUGUUUGGAUGUGGAGAGGCUGAGUCAGCCUAUCACUUAUUUAUCUCCUGCAGUAAUGUCGGUUCUCUUUGGGAUUUAG